GUGGGACUGAGAUUUUAAGCGGUUCGACGCCAUCCCUUUUCCCUCCGUCACGAAGUGGGCCCCAUCCACAAAGUUAAGCAACUUACGGUACUCAUAUCCGAGCCAAGCCACAAGAUCACCGCCCUCUCCACGGCGCUGUUCCAUCGUCUCCGUCGCCGAGCCCAGCCGCAGCUCCAAUCCGGCGGGAAUGCUUACGAACUUUAUCAGUGGCAUCUCGUGAAUUAAGUCAUACACGAACUGCUAAAUAGAUUUUUUAUUUGCGAAGCUUAUAUACCGGAGCGGAAGAAGCAGCAUUUGCUUUGACUAAGUUCAGAAGUCAAGGUGUAUUUAUAGAUGGUUUAUACGACACUUGCCCAUUGUUGAUGGAGCAUUCUGGGCCCUUGAACUGCAGUCAGGUCACUAUCGACGUAGCUGGGAGUAGUGAAGCUUCCACAUCUACCUCUCCGCAUGAUAGACAUUUUAACAGCGGAGGUACAUCACAACAUGAAGACAGACCUAGUAGUGCAAGAUUACCGGCUUCUCUGCCUUCAGUUUCUAUUGCAUCUAAUGGUACAAAUCCUAGGAAUUCUUCAGUUGUAAGACGAGGGGAGACCCGUCGGAACAGGAGUCCAUUGAAUUCAGGGUUAUGGAUAUCUAUUGAGCUAGUCCUCACAGUAAGCCAGAUUGUUGCAUCUAUUAUUGUUUUGUCUUUGUCGAGGCAUGAGCAUCCACGCACUCCCCUGUUUGCAUGGAUUAUUGGUUAUGCGUGUGGAUGUGUUGCUACUAUCCCCUUGCUUGGUUGGAGGUAUUAUCAUCAUAACCAGGGUAGAGAGCUAAAUUCAUCUCAACCACGUCAAGCUUCCCCUCGAGUUAAUGUUUCUUCAAGGACACUUCUUUCUGUUUCAAGAACUAAUGGGGAAGAAGACGAUCAGGCCGUUGUUUCAUCCUCUAGAAGCAGUCAACAUCCAGUCAUGAUGAAUCCAAGCAGACUGAAGUCACUAGUGGAAUAUUUCAAAAUGGCCUUAGAUUGCUUUUUUGCUGUAUGGUUCGUUGUUGGCAAUGUGUGGAUCUUUGGGGGGAACUCCUCUGCUACUGAUGCUCCUAAUAUGUAUAGGUUAUGUAUUGUGUUUCUGACAUUCAGCUGCAUUGGCUAUGCUAUGCCCUUCAUUUUAUGUGCAACAAUCUGCUGUUGUCUGCCUUGUAUAAUUUCCAUCCUUGGGGUUAGAGAGGAUCUGACACAGACAAGGGGGGCAACAUCUGAAUCUAUUAAUUCCUUGCCAGUAUACAAGUUCAAGGUGAAGAAACGUAAAAAAGGUGAUGAAAGCAACUCAAAUGCUUUAGAAGGUGGGAUUGUGGCUGCUGGAACUGAAAAGGAGCGUGUGAUCUCUGGAGAAGAUGCAGUUUGCUGCAUCUGCCUGGCAAAGUAUGAAAAUAACGAUGAGCUGAGAGAGUUGCCAUGUUCCCAUCUUUUUCACAAAGACUGUGUAGACAAGUGGCUGAAGAUUAAUGCAUUAUGCCCUCUCUGCAAAAGUGAGGUUGGUGGGAACCCAAUAGGACCAGUCUCCGGCGAAGGUUCCAACCAACAAAGGGGUGAGAACCGAGUUGGAGUUAGCCCAAUCAAUAGCAUAGUAUAAUUACCUUGUAUACGUAGGCAGCAUAGGUUCUGUAAAGUCUUUUGUUUUUUUGUUUUUUUUUGUUUGGGCUUAGAUAGAUGGUCAAUUCUCAGUAUAUCCAUUCCAUUCCAUUUUUUAUGAUAUUUUCCUAUCUGGGUGUUGACAAUUGUCUUCUAUAGUCCUCUUUUGGUGCUGGUGGUGGUUCAGGGCCGGGCCGAGCCAGGUCCUGGCUGUGGCGUGGGAAUACAAUGCCUCCCUUGCAAAAUCUUGCGUCCCAACAUUGAAGAUGGCAAAUAGUUUUAAAUAAAAUAGGCAAUCAGUCACUCAGAAUACUGUUCGUAAGCUGUACCUUUUGCAAGGUUUCAAUUCAGUAAUUUUUGUUUUUCAAA